CUAUCCACUUCUGCUGCCUCUGAUUGCUUAGCUCACGACCCCCCACCUAAUUUCUCUCUCUUCCCCCAUAAAUUCUGUGUCGUCCACACUCUCCCCAUAAACUGCACUCAAAUUUUGGCAACUGUGAGCUCGACUCUUUCCACUCAACGCUUCUCCAAGGAUCGUGGGUUGGAGUUUGAACUGCUGCUGGCAUCUCCAAAUGUUGUGAAUCGCUAUCUGAAAUCAUGGAAAUUGCGGAAACAAAAUGUUCGUCAGGCUACGGGAAGCCUCCUUGGAUAUUUAAAGGCAGUGCCUUGUACCAGCUUCAUCUUGUGAAAGCAGAAACAGCUCGAGCGUUAAUUCCAAAAGAGUUCAGAUUAGUUGAAGCUUUUGGGUACACUCUUGGUGGCUUUUUUCUUGCCAACUACGAGGAAAGUCCAGCUGGGACAUUUGAUGAGCUAGUGGUGAUUGCUGGAACCGUGUGGAACCCUCCAACGUCCUGCGCAUGGGCAGCCAGGGUGCUUGUAAGUAGUGAUGAUGCUUGUUGUCAUGGACGAAAGGAAGUUGGACUCCCAAGUCAUGUUGCCAAGUUUUCUAAGAGGAUUACUGCGAUUCCUAGGCAGCAAACGAUUACAUCUAAUUUCCUCCUCAACAUGAUUGGUUUGGGUACUGCACGCUCUAGAUCCAAGGAUAGCAUGGAUGUUCAGGUGACUGAAAUUACUGGUUCUUCUGCGACAAACAUGUGUAAUAACAACAUUGCAACUGUUGUUACUGGGCUGACACAUGACAAGUGGAUGGGGCCAGCAAUCAAAAUGUCACUACCAAGUUUUAGUGGACGUACGGAGCAUAAUCCCAGCCUUCUGAAGUAUUCCUGCAAUAUUGAGUGCAGGAUUCGGGCAGUGCAGCCAGCGAAAGUAUCAGGCCCACUUCCAACGUCAAAGCCUGACACAGAAAAAUAUCUGGGCCACCACAAAUGCCAAUCUGUAGAUACUAUUAACGGAGAACUCCAAGACAAUGAACAGAGCCUAAGCAUGUCUGUGAUGUUAUCAAAACCCAUAUUGGCUUUGCAAUUCAGUUGUCUGAAAAUGCAGGUUGAAACCCCAAUUGCAGUUUCUCCCCACCCUAAAAGCUCCAGCAGAACUUCCUUAGGAGCUUCUUGACUAAGCAAAUACAUUAUUGCUCCAUCCAACACAUCUUUUUUUUCCCCUCCUUGUAUUGUAAUGCAAUAAAAUUUCAUAAAAGCCCAAGUUGCAACCA